CGCACGCUCCAACCGCCGCAGUAGCCGGGUCCGGGCGGGGCGGGGCCGCGCGCUCCCCGCCGGCUGCGGGAGGAGGCGGGAGCGGCGGGGCCGGGCCGGGCGCGGAGGUGACUGCCCGCCGGCAGCGGGAAUGCUGCCGCCGCCGCCGCCGCUGCCUCCGCCGCCGCUGCUUGUGAGGGGAGAGCGGGCGGCCGCGGCGCUCGGCGGCAUGAGCAGCGGCGGGAACGUUCCCCCAGCCCCGCGGCAGCGCUAGGAGACACCCCCCCCCCCCCCCCCCCCCCACCGCUCGCCACCUGCGAGCCGCGGCGGCGGGGUCAGCCCGCCCCGGGGCGCGGCGCGAAGGAAGGCAGCGCCUCCAACACCCCCCCCCCCCCCCCACACACACACACCGCUCCCGCCGCCCGUCCGCCUCCUCCUCGAGCCGCGGCGCUGCCCCUGCGGCCCCCAGCGACCCGCCCGCUCCCGGGGAGGCGGCGGGACGGAGGGAGGGGGCAAGCGGAGCCCCCUCGUCACCUUCUCGCCGCCCGAUCCAUGGGAGGAGCGGGCCGCCGGGACUGAGCGGAGCGGCCGGCCGCCGGCGCCGAGGGAGGAUGCCACUGCUCCGGAAGGUGCUGCGGGUCUCCAAUCGCUCCAUGCUCGCCUUCAUCUUCUUUUUCUCCUUCUCCUCCUCCUGCCUCUACUUCAUCUAUGUGGCCCCCGGGAUCGCAAACACGUAUCUCUUUAUGAUGCAAGCUCGUGGUAUAAUGUUGAGAGAAAAUGUUAAAACAAUAGGACACAUGAUCAGAUUGUACACUAACAAAAAUACUACACUGAAUGGCACAGAUUAUCCUGAAGGAAACAAUUCUAGUGACUGUGUUGCUCAAACAACAAUGUAUCUUCCAGAAAACUUCACUUACUCUCCUUACCAGGCUUGUCCAGAGAAGCUGCCUUUCAUGAGAGGCCUUAUCGAUGUCAAUAUGAGUGAAAUUAGUUUUGAUGAAAUUCAGCAACUGUUUUCAAAAGAUUUAGACAUUAAACCAGGAGGACACUGGAAACCAAAAGACUGUAAGCCACGAUGGAAGGUGGCAAUCCUUAUUCCUUUUCGGAAUCGCCAUGAGCAUCUUCCAAUUUUUUUCCGUCAUCUGAUACCUAUGUUGCAGAAGCAGCGGCUGGAAUUUGCCUUCUAUGUUGUUGAACAGACAGGUACACAACCUUUUAAUCGUGCAAUGCUCUUUAACGUUGGCUUCAAAGAGGCUAUGAAGGAUGCUGUCUGGGACUGCAUAAUAUUUCAUGAUGUGGAUCACUUACCUGAAAAUGACCGAAAUUAUUAUGGAUGUGGAGAAAUGCCACGCCAUUUUGCAGCAAAGCUGGACAAAUACAUGUACAUUCUUCCGUACAAUGAGUUCUUUGGUGGUGUAAGUGGCUUGACAGUGGAACAAUUCAAGAAGAUCAAUGGGUUUCCAAAUGCCUUUUGGGGAUGGGGUGGAGAAGAUGAUGAUCUUUGGAACAGGGUUCACUAUGCUGGGUACAAUGUAACAAGACCAGAGGGAGAUCUAGGGAAGUACAAAUCCAUUCCUCAUCAUCACAGAGGUGAAGUCCAGUUUUUAGGACGAUAUAAACUUCUGAGGUAUUCCAGAGAACGUCAGUAUAUUGAUGGGUUGAACAAUUUAAUAUAUACUCCUAAAAUACUUGUCAGUGGAUUGUAUAAAAAUAUAACUGUUAAUCUCCUACCAGAACUUGCUCCUGUUAAAGACUAUUGAUGGAAGUGGGAUGACAAACUACCUACCAGAAUAAACUUUUAACACUGGAAGAUACUAAUUGACACUGUAAACCAAAACAAAACCAAACCAACAAACAGCAGCUUAGAAUUAGAGAGUUUUGACCGUCUGAUGAUGCGUAUUUGGGAUGAGAAGUGAUUAUAUGUACCGUGCAUUUUGUUCUGAAAGAAAAGCCAGCAGCUACCACUCAGAUGUUUACAGCAUGAGACUACUGUUCAAGCCUUCAUUCUUCAUAGUCCCUAUCUUAACCACUCAACUAAAUAAACCGCAGAAAACAGACUUGUAGCUUCUCUGGAAGUAGGGGCAGAGGCUUCUUCUUCCAGGAAUUUUUUAUACUAAACCACCCCCCCUCGUAUUUAAAUGAAUGCUUUUGUUUCUUUUUAAAAUGUGUUUUGUAAAUAUGUGAUGUAAAUUAAUGUGUGUACAUUGCUUUUAAAUUGCUCGAUAUUUUAUGCUUCAGUGUGUAUUUGAGCGUGUUCUUGUUUGAAUUCUAUAGGAAUGUUUUUAUUAGCAUGAAAGAACAGGUGUAAAAUGUAAGUAUGCUUUAAAAAAAGGUUAUACCUUAUGUGAAAUGAAGGAAAUAUUAAUUGUUGGCCAGCUAUGACUGUAAACUGUUAUACUAGUUUUGAGCUCUAGGCCUCCUGCAUAUCUAUAUAGAAAAAUCAAUUUCAUAUAUGAACUUGCUAGAAAGAAAGCUUUUAAUUUAAUUUAUUGCUGACAAAAUUGUAUGAUACCCUGCCUGCCAUCUAAAUCCUAUUUAUAUGCAUAUUGCAUGUGUAUUAUGGAAAAUCUUGCGGUUGUUGCAUAUUAUGAUCUGCAGGAACUCUUAACUAUUUCCACGUGUGCCACUAGUGUCAAUGUCAGGGAUUUUAAUGCCUAAAACAAUGUGUCUGGGUGUGUACAGUAUUCUGCUAUUGUUCUUCUUUUUCUUCUUUUUUUUUUUUUUUUUUUUUUUUAAUAAAUCCUAGUAAAUGGCACUUUUAUUCCUCCAAAAUCAGAAGAGCCAAAAAUGUGUCUUCAUUGGAAGAAUAGUAAAGUUAGAUUUUUAAGAAAAUAAUAAAACAUAGUUCUAAUAGUUUUAAUGCUUGCAGUGUGGGAUUUUCAGAACCACAAUGUUGGUCCAACUAUUCCGCUGAUAAAGAUGAUGCCAUAAGCGGAACUGAAAGCAGGCCAAUCCCAAGUGCUUUUUAAAAUUCCACACAUAAUAUAUUAAUCAAUAUAGCUAUUUAAGGACCUAUUCUGGUAGAGUGCUGAGUGCUUCUAAGAUGCUCAGAGUAUCCUCAAGUCAAUGACUUUCAAUGAGAUUGAGGUUGCGCAGUCCCACUAGGAUCGGUCCUGUCUGUUUCUCUAUUUUUGUCGUGUUGUAUGUAUGAGUAACUAGCCCCUUUCCUUGGCUUGUAAUGAAAAACAUAUCUUAUUUUCUGUUUGCUUGUAAUGUUAUGCUACCUAAAAGUAUCCCACUGCUAAGCAUUACUAUCUUUUCCUAGUAUUUUUUUUACAUCCCUUGUUAAUAGUAAGGAAAAGGACCGAGUCAUUUAUUUUCUACAUUAAUGCAAAGAUACUGACCGAGAUCUACUAAACUGUUUUGUUUGUCACAGUUACUCAACUCUUUAGGAACCAAAGACUGAUGCCUGCUCCCAUGAAGAAUGGAAAGCAGUAUAUAAUAAGGAUUGUUCAUCCGUAGAGUGUUCUGUAAGAGUGUUGACAAAGAAUACUAACUUUAACUCAUUAUUAUGUGUUGAUUUCCUGAAUUGCUGCCACAGAUGGUGUGGUGCUUUGUAUAUUUGAGUUUGUUUGCCAUAAACACCUUUUAUUUCUUUGACAUCCCAGCAGCAAAUUUUGCCCUUGGCCAUUCUUCAGUAAAGUUAUAAACUUAGUUGUAGGCAUCCCAAAUAUGUAGUAGAAAUGUAAAGAUUUAAUUUAAGUAGUCCAGAACAAUUGUAAGGGAUGUUUUAAACCAUACUGAAAUUACCUUAAAAUCUACCAGUUAAUCUAUUAUGCGUUAGGAAUGAUGUAAUGCAAUGAAAAUAACAAAAAGCAUAAAGUGAACAAAACAUCCUUCAAAAGCAUGCUUAAGUGGUUUGAUCACCUCCUGAUAUAUUUUUCUAUAACUGAGUCUAUAGAAUAUUCUGAAGCAUAUGGAUAAAGAGGAGAUAAUUAGUACACUGUAUGAACAAUUAUAUCUUCAAAAUAAAAUUAGUCUUAUUUCAUAACAGACUAAUACAAUUCUUUAAGAACUGUUGAAUAAAUUUCUAAAUCCCUGAUGCAAUUUUCAAGUGAUUUCUGGUUUUUAGUACAAGUUCACCUGCAAUUUAACACCUAUGAUUAUGAAACAUCCUUUGGAACUGUAGGUCUGUACUGUUUUCUGAAGCAUGCUUUUGUGCCCAUUUGUUAGGCAUUCUGUGAAAUUAAUGUGCAAUUUAAAAAAAAUUCUAGUGCAUAUAUAUGUAUAUAUACAUACAUAUAUACAUACUAUAUUACACAUAUACUGUAGCUGAACUAAUAUAACUUUACAGCUCUAAGUGAUUAAUCAUGUAUAGUCUUAGAAAAAUGUGAUUUAAACCAGUAUGUGAAUGGAUUAUGAUAUACAGCUCAGUUCUUAAAAAGUUUACAUUUUGGUGCCCCAAAGUGAUGGAUGUUAAAUUAUGAAUUGUUAACCAACACUCUAAAUACCUUUUAUCACUUUGUUGGGAAGUUUUAAAAGUUGCCAUCUUAAAUUACAUCAAAAUAGUGUUUGUAUACUACCUGCUUGAACUCAGUACUAUUCUGUAGUGAAUUUUAACAUAGACAGUGCCUUCAAACAAAAUAAAUGUGAUGCAGAACUAAGAGUUGUGCACAUUCCUUUUGAUAUUUUCACGAUUCUUGUAAAAUAUAGGGAGAGGCCAAUCACAUUGGCUUUUGCAUUGCUGACCAGGCAAAUUGAGGACAUCUUCUCUUCAAGGAGUGAACAUGGAGGGAGAAGAAGGAGGGAGUAUUUUACAAGAUCCUGAAGGUCUAGCAAAUUAACAAGUGAAAAUAUUACAGAAAUAUUAACAAUGGAAUCUGUUUGAUAUGCUAAGACACUCUUAAGCCCAUUUGCCGUAUUUCAGAUAUAAGUAGGAGAAUAUAAAGUAUAAUCCACCCUGCUAUAGACAGUAUAUUGAAAAGCAAGCGCAAAAUGUCCUUUUUCUUGGAUCUUGCCAAUCUAUUUUUCUAUCAUUAUGUUUACUAAUGACUAUGUUGUGGGUUACUAAUGAGCCAGUUAUUUAAAAAUAUUAAAAGGAUCCAUUGUGUAUCAGCAAGAGGAAGUGUACUUAAGAUUAUUUUAUUUGUAGAGGUAUGUAAGAUAGGCUUAAUGAAAAAUGCACUGAAACAAAUGCUGGGAAUUUCCUGUGUACUAUCAUAGAUUUGUUUUUCUGUUGUUCAUGAAAAUGUUUGUACUUUUUUAUCAUUGUCUUUUAUGAAAUAUAAUGUUCUAAAGAUUGUGUUGGUUUGUUUAUUCUGAGGAGAACAUAUCUUCUUUGUGUUUUGUUUAUAGACAAAGUGCUCAUUUUUCCAGUGCUCAGUUCCUCAAAGUAACAACAAAAGGAAGGGACACCUGGCCAGCAAACACCUCAGGUUAGGCUGUGAUGCAAUCAAGCCUUAGGCUAACAAAUCCUUUUCCCUUUUUUGGUGUUUAUGUGCUUUCAGCUUUUGGUUUUAUUAGGCUCAAUGACUCAACAUUUUUGCGUACUUUUCCAAGAUAGGGUUGCUUUUCUGUUAAAUCUCCAAAUGGCUUUACUCUAUACUUAUUUCUGUUUAGGAGUAAUCUUCCUUAUAUAGAAAUUACAGUAAUGGGAAAAUAGAAGGAUUCAUCCAUAUCUCUCCUAGCAUUAGAUAGGGAGCUGGUUUUCUCAGGAAUCAGUUAUCUUUCUUAUUUUUUGUUGUAUCUUAUGGCUAUUAUAGUAAGUGUCUCAUGGUUAGAGGUAUGGAAGUAAUUUUGGGGAGUACUUCAACUGGGUACAAAGGUAUCUCAGUAUUUUAUGAAAAUACAUGAAUAAACUUCAAGCAUGUUUGGAUGGAUAUACUUUUCUGCAACACUGGAUAUGGACUCUCCUUGAAAGUAUCACCAGUUACAAUAUAUUGGAAAGCAGGAAAGAAGGCGUUUUAAGUACAUGUAUCAUCCUUAACAUCCUUAACUGCUGUUCUACCUUGCUGUCACUUUUAAGCUGCUUUUGCUUCUGUAUCUUAACGAUCAGAAUUGGGAGGUGAAUUUACCUGAUGAUUACGUGGGGCCCUGGGUGGUAGUCCCAUGUGACUUCAUGUGUUGUGGGCUUCAGUAAUAAAGUAUAGAUGAUGGUA